AGCAACGCGCCAACUGCAAUCAGUUUGAAUCCGAGUGUCAAAGUGAAAAUAAGUGCGACUACAAAAAAAAAACACAAGAAAGAUGUCUCUACUGCUCUUCAGCGACCCUUUCGAAUAUUCUCGACCAUCGAGAAUCCUCGACCAACACUUCGGCUUGGGCCUCGACCCCGAAGACCUCCUCUCGCCACUCAUCCCCCGGGAGAUGCGCCACUUGAUGCGAUGUCCUGCUGGUUAUUUGCGCCCUUGGAGGAGUGCAGCCUCGCAACGCGACACCGGCUCAACAGUCACCUUCGACAAAGACAAGUUCCAAGCCAAUUUGGACGUGCAGCAGUUCAAGCCGGAGGAAAUCAGCGUCAAAGUGAACGAUAACACCAUCACCAUUGAGGGCAAACACGAGGAGAAGGAGGACGAACAUGGGUUCAUUUCGAGGCACUUUGUACGAAGAUACGUCCUGCCCAAAGACUGUGAUGUGAGCAAAGUCGAGUCCAGGUUGUCCACGGACGGGGUUCUGAGCAUCACAGCCCCCAAGAUUUGCGCCUCGAAGGAGACCGAGAGGAGCAUCCCGGUGGUUCAGACGGGACAGCCCUCCAAAGCGGUCGAGAACAAGGAGGAGAAGAAGAAGGAGAAAUAAAUUAGACUGUCUCAAAUUAUUCCUUGCACUCUAUGGUAUUAGUUCUCACAGACUGAAUAUGUAAUAAUUUUGUUGUUUUUGUAUUACUACUUAAGUUUUUUGAAUAAAACCACUUCGUUCCUUUAAA